CUUCCAAGAGUAGGCUAGCUAUAACCCCAUCAACUGUUUUCCAUUUUCAGUUGCUAUUGAUGUCAGCAGUUCUUGAGCGAGCUGCAUCUACUUCGACAUGAGGUGUAGGAAAACCGAGCCUUCUGCUCAUAUGAAUUUGAUGAUCAGUCCAUUUGAAUUGGAUCACAAUUUCCAUCAAAAGAAUGUAUGAGUGGCUUCAACCUCGCAGCUCCAUUCCGCAGAAAGUAUCCUUUUUGCUCUUUUUUUGUGGUUUCUGAAGAGUGAUUGCAUAUUGGUUUCCGUUAGGUUUAGCUCCAGUCUUUUGGCCCCGUUCAGAAAGUCAGCCAACUUGGGGCUAAACGCAGUCAAGUUGGUUAGAGGAGUGUGCUCUUCUCACCAAGUUCGGUUCCCCUCCCCUCCCUGUAAUUUAAAGUAGAUUAUUACCCAAUUUAAUUUAAUUUUUAAUUGUCUUCAAUUUUUUACUUGAAGACUUCUCGAGGGCCAGUCCAUUUUCAAAGUCUUCAAGAUUUUUUUCAAAGUAAACGAUAGUCGUGAAGAAAUUUAAUCACACUAUCGAUGUUUUGCGCGUUAAGCCCCAAAUAAAGUUGUGACUUCGGCAACUGAAAAGCAUAUCUUCCAAUAUGCUAUCAAGAUUCAGAAACAACAAAUACAACAGGGAAAAGAAGGGCUGCUUCUUGAAGAAUGGAGCUGCUAUGUUGGAACAGCUCAUACAUUCUUUCGAUGGGAGUUGUAAUCCGAUUCGGAUGCACUCCGAACGAGACCUCAACAAGGCAACGAAUGACUACGGCUGGGAUGGAAUGAUACAUAGGGAUUGGAAUUCUCGACUUUACAAAGGAGUCCACGAAGAACGCCAGAUUUUGGUUAAGAAGUUCGAAGCAGACUCGAGUAGUUACAUGGAUCCUCUGGAAUUGAUUGCGAAUGAAGUAGCAAUUGCCUCGAACAUGAGCAAGCACAAGAACGUUUUGAAGCUGUUGGGUUGCUGCCUUGAGACCGAGCUGCCUACACUAAUUUAUGAAUUCCCAACAAAAGGUAAUCUCUCCCACCACAUCUAUGGAGAUGGUGAAUCGCUAGCGUGGCCGAUCAGGUUAAAGAUUGCAAUUGAAGUAGCAGGUGCAGUUGCUUAUCUCCACUACGGCAUGCCGAAGAUGAUCAUCCAUCGAGAUAUAAAGACGGGACAUAUCUUCUUAGACCAAGACUAUGUCGCCAAGCUGUCCGAGUUCCGAACCUCAGUACCAAUUCCUUUUGGUAAAACUCAUGUAGAUGUUGAAGUGAUUACCGGAACUCAAGGGUGCCUGCCUCCUGAAUAUGCUAUAUCCGGACGUACUUCAGAAAAGAGCGAUGUCCACAGCUUUGGAGUUCUAUUAUGUGAGAUCUUUGCAGGAAAGAGAUGGGGUGGUUUACUAGAUUGGUAUAUGGAGAACGAUAACAACGCCGCUUCAAGCUCAUAUAACGAUCACCAGUUUACGAUGUUAGCAAAUCUUUGCAAAACCUAUUUAGAGGCCAAGGUAUUGGAAGAAGAAAACAAGAAGCAAGUAGUGGAAUGUGCCAAGCUCAUAGGGAGGUGUCUCAAAGCAAAUCCGGACGAGAGGCCGAUCAUGACGGAGGUAGCACAAUCACUCAGAGUGAUAAAAAACUUAUGAGAUUCACAUCACUCAGUCUCAGAGUGAUCAAAAGUUUAUAAGAUUGUUGCUACUGUAUUCUAGUUAUGAUAUUGAUUAAAUGAACCAGUGUUGAAGAAAA